GUCAGAAAAUCGCGUAAAUAACUUGGGACGGAGUUGCUUAACACUGCCAGGAGUGAACUUGACCGAUUUUACAGAUUUAAACCUGGUUGUAGUCAUUUAAAAGCCGUUAUGGCUUCAGGGGAAGGAUUUAAGGUAUCAUCUUUGAAAGACAAAGUGACUUUGAUCACAGGUGCCAGCUCGGGCAUCGGGGCAGGGACAAGCAUCAUGUUCGCUAAACUUGGUGCCUUGCUCGCAUUGAACGGGCGCGACGUGGAAAACCUCACCAACAUAGCAAAACAGUGCACGGACCUGGGUGCUGCGGAGCCCUUGCUUGUACCAGGGGACCUGACCAACGAGGACACCGUAAAGAAGACAGUGGAACUGACCAUUGCCCACUUUGGCCGGCUGGAUGUGCUGAUCAAUAGCGCUGGCAUUUUGGCCAUGGGCAGCAUUGAGACAGGUGACCUGGCUCAGUAUGACAAGGUCAUGAACGUCAACGUCAGAUCAGUGUACCAUCUGACUCAGCUGUGUGUGCCCCACCUCAUCAGGACUAAGGGUUCUAUUGUCAAUGUGUCCAGUGUCAACGGGCAACGAUCAUUCCCAGGUGUCCUUGCCUAUUGUAUGUCCAAGUCCGCUAUUGACCAAUUCACGCGAUGCAUAGCACUUGAGCUAGCGCCGAAGCAGGUGCGAGUGAACUCUGUCUGUCCUGGUGUGAUCAUAACAGAUGUCCACAGGAGAGCAGGCCUGGAUGAGGAGCAGUAUGCUCAGUUCCUUGAGAAGUGUAAGCAGACCCAUGCCCUGGGGAGACCAGGUGAGGUGGAGGAGGUGGCCCAUGCCAUAGCCUUCCUGGCGUCAGAUGCUGCCACCUUCAUUACCGGGGUCAACCUACCUGUGGAUGGGGGGCGCCACGCCAUGUGUCCAAGAUAAUAUCCUGUGACAUGAUCAUUGACUGGCAGCCGAUACAAACCUGAACUGUCUCCCUUGGUUUGUGUCAUUUAAAAAAUAUAUAUUUUGAGUCUAGACAGAAUAUAAUGAAAUGUAUGGUAUGCCCUAGUAUGCUAUAAAAGUGAAAUCAUGUCAAGAUC